UGGCACAUAUUCACAUCGUCACAUGUGUAAAUUAUAAAAGCUUCAUCGCCUGCCAUUCCCACCUUUCCUUGACUUUUGGUCCUCUCCUCUCCUCGCCUCUCCUCUGCGUCGCGUCGUCGAGCAGCUCCCUGGGGGUUCGCUUCAUUCCUUGGUCAUCUUCUGUCAUGCCCUCUCUCCGCCGUUCAGCGUCUUCGCCGUCCGUCCGCUCAUCGCCAUACCCGCUUUCGCUCUCUAGCGCCGUUAGCAGUCGUGCACGCACCGCCGGCCAACAGCCGCGUCGGUCCUCUGGUUCAGAUGUCUCUGAGCGCCGGGUCCUUGCCGACAUUGAAUGGUGGAGGGUCGCUGACGGCCAAUGCCCACCCACCCCAGACAGUGACCAAGAUGAAGCGCAGCCACCACAGCGUACGACGCGCGUCUCCACCGGUGGAGUUGCGACCUUGUUCGCUGGCGAAGGUCCAGAGUCCCCGCUCUAUAUCUCGGACUUGACACAGUCCGCAGCUCUCGAUGAAUAUGCUCCUCUUACGGUCGAGUCCUCUACAAGGCGUCGUCAUGGACGCGACUCUUCUUUCUCUUCCGUAGAGUCUACUCCAGAAAUCACCACGCCACCCCUCCAACCCGUUGAUCUGGGCGAGGUCGGCCCAACAUUGGACUCGAACACACCUGCUUCGGAGCACCCCUGGAUAGGCAUCGGUAUUCGUCAUUUGCUAUUGCCAUUGCCAUUCCGCUCUGUCUCCUUCGGAGGCGUCUCAGACCAUAAAAGCUGCCAUACCCACUUCGCGGACAUGGGAGGCGACUCAUUCUCCCUCGAUCAGAAUCUCUUCUCAUAACCAACGCGACGUCUACCUUGUCUUCAUCUACUCAGAUCGCUCCGGAGCACCCUCAAGUCCUCUGACUUCCUAACGACGUGGUCACUUAUCUUACGCUCUAUGCAGCAGUAUUUUCAUUUAUUUUGAAGAUCUCAACCAUCCGUUUUGAAAAUCCUGCCCGGUUUCGGGGGAUACUUGCCUGGGAGGGCGCACCUUUGUGUCUGGCUUUAUCGUUGCCAUCCCUACCUACUCGCUGCCUCCUGUCUCCAUCAUUCCAAGCGUGCCUUUAUUUGCCCGUCAUUGCCUCGGAGACGCCAAAAACCUGGGCUGCUUCUUCCA